AUGGCAGAAGAAAUCCAUAAGAAAAGGCUAAAUCCAGAUGAAUUGUAUGGAAACGUGUCAUGUAAACUUGAAAAACUUCGUAACUUAUACUCUCAUCAAAAGUCCUCACCGAUUCUACUUCAGGAAUCACAAAACAACUUUGAAUCACGAUCACACGACAACAUGGAGUCUAAAUUACAAAAUAUGGAUAGAACUACAGAAGGUAGUAGCGCUAGGUUGGCUUAUCUUCAAGAAAAACUUAAGACAUGCUUAUCUAGUAUCCCGCUUGACGAAAAUAGUUCAGAAAGUGAUGGUGUGUCUGUACUAACUCGGUCAAACUCAUUUCGUACUCAACAGUUAAAACGUGCUUCUUCUGACAAUUGUAACUGCAGCUGCAAAAGUGUACUUAAAUUACAUGCCAAACCUUUAGUGGAUACAUUGCAUAUUUAUGCCGAUAAGCAUUCAACUGUACCAUACCUUGUCAGUCCUACUAAAGAAAAUGAAGACCUGUCCAAUCAAUUGUUUUAUAAAUUAUUAAGUGGAUUUCCUAAAAUAGAUUUAGAUGAACAUGAGGAGCGGAUUUUGCGCAAAAAGGCAUUAAGCGUAAUGAGACAGCUUUCAAGCAAUCCCUCUUCUGGUCUAUCUCCCAUACAUGUUCCUGAAUCUCAUUCACAAAAUAUUGAGGAAAGACAGAGACGUCGUCUUGCACAGUUAGUUCAUUAUGAUCGUCAAAUUGAAAACCUCAGAAAACAAAGAGCAAGCGAAACCGUCGAGAGGCGUAUCCGGGGAGAAGCGAGAGAGAGAAAAUUCCAAUUAAUUAGAGCUCGGAAAUAUUUCGACGAAUUUGUCCGUGAAUUCCGUCUGAAAAAAAUUGCCAAGGUUAAUACUGAUGAAAAGAUAUUUCGGCAGUUUUUUCAGCAACUAAUUCAAAAGCAAAAAGAAUAUUUUCUUGAAGUAAAAAAACUAGAACGUGAAGAAAAUCUCCAAAAAGAAGAACAAAAAAGGAAAAUUAUGGAAUCGCUAGAACAUGAACAUCGUAUUCGCUUAGAAUUAAUGAAUGAAAAGAUAAAUAAAGAAAGAGAAGAACAAUCGAUUCGUAUGCGUGAAGAACAAAAAGUUCUCAGAGAAAAUAAACGGAAAUUACGCCAACAACUGGAAAUGAAUCUACGCGAAAUGCAGGAAGCAUUUUUAAACAAUCGAGACAGUGUUCAUUUUAGGGAGCAAGAUGCUAAAAUGUUAUUAGCAUCAAAUAACAAUUUUUUAUGUGACAUUAAACGAACCAUGUAA